UGGCAUAUAAUUGUUAAAAAAAAUAUAAAACUUUAGAUCUGAUAAGUGCAAUUUACAUUCUCAAUUAAUAACUAGACAAAUAUGGAUAAAUUAAUUAUUAAAAAUGAUUUAUUCUCGAUGAGAAUUUAAACUCUUUAGCUGCAUUUGGAGUGUGAAUUGUGGUGUUUACCUCGUCCAGUGUCGUUUGCUUUGAUUCGAUUAUGUAUUAUUUGUGUGAAUUGAAUUUAUUGGAUGGUUUUCUGGUCAACAAAAAUGGUUAAAAAAAAAAAAACAAUCAAGAGUGGCCCACGCGCUGGCUGCUGCUGCUGCUUCUUCCCACUCACUUGGCAGCAUUGGUCAAAAAAAAAAAAAAAAUUGUUUGUUUUGAACGUGUGCUUGGGGCUCUCUCUUUGUCUCUUGGGGGAAUACUCUCUUUUUGUCACUCUCUCACUCUCCCUCUCUCUUUUUGGGGGGCUGCGAUCGAUGUACUUCUGUGGGGCCACUGCUGAACAGCAACUCAUUCGCUUGCGUUGGCCCGACGCGUUCACAACGUUGCGUAUACGCCCCGUGCUGCCGGCCGUGUGCAUGUGUGUGUGUGCUAGUGUUAGUGCCUGAGAGGAGCGCGCGAGUGUCUCUUCAAGAGUUCUCUUCAUAUUUUGACUUCCGUUCCGAUCCCGAUCGCCUCUUAGUUGAAAGUGAAAGCGGCGUCUCCCAGCACCACUGCCGGCCAGCUAAGAUCGGACAAGCAGAAUGGACAAGUUAUGCAAAUGAAUGCCGAAUCAAAUCGAAUUGAAUCGAAUGUGAAAAGUUGAAAUAGAAAGCCACAAUUGAAACAAAAUGCGACUGCAACACCGUUACGUUACCAAUCCGGCAGCACCACCAACAAAAACUCAAACAAACAAUAACAACAACAAUAACACUAACAACAACAACAACAGUAGCACCAACUCUAACAACAACAACAACCACAUUAAACGGGCCAAGAAACUAACCACCAACGGCAUCAUCAAGUCGCGCUCCACUAACGGAAAGCCACAAGCGACCCCAAAAUCGAAUACCAUGCCACCCGCCACCCCACUGCCCCUCAGCAUCAACCGCCGCCACCACCAGCUGCUAAUGGACAGGGACCUGGAGGCCCCCGAUGCGGUUCUCCAAGCCAAGCUACCACCGGCAUCGAAUAGUUCCCUCGAGGAGGACGAGGUCGAGGAGACCACCACCACCACCUCUGUGGAGCUGAGAUCCUCGGCCAGCUCACAUUUCCGGGCCUACACCACCAUCCGGAGCAAUUCCACGUCGGCGAUAUUGGCCGGAGCGGGACUACCGCCCCUCACCGCUACAGGCACCCUGCUGUAUGCCCGCCCCCGCACCCUAAAUGUCCACAAUGUCUGCCAGACGCCCGCGCAGAUCACACAACUGUUUUUUGGAGAAGUUCUGAAUGCAUGGCGAGCAAAGGCCAGAUGCAAUGUGGUGCCCGAGGAGCGUACCCAGGAGCUCUUCCACGAGCUAAGCUUCCAUCCCAGCCAAAAGCAGAUUAGCGAAAUGCUGCAAACGGCCAAGAAGGUGGCCCGCAAGGGAGGAAGCAGUCAGGCAAAUGGCUUAACCUUUGGCCAAUUCUGUGUUCUGGCCGCGGAUCUAAAGCGCUUCAGAGCUUCAACGAUUUCGAAUCAGCCUUCAUAUUGCGAUUACCAGUCACUGUCAGCUCAGUUGCUCCCCGAACAGAAUGAUACCUCCAGCUCCAGCUCCUCAUCCUCCUCCAAGCAGCAACUACAAUCGCCAGCAGCGGCCUCCACAUCGUCACCCGCCUACAACAACAAGAAGCCGGAAAAUCAUGGCACCGAACUGCGAAGCACCAAGUCCUUCAGUAGUGUGGACGAUACCAAAAAGAAGAAGAACGCCACCAACGAGCCAGUUGAGGUCUUUCUCGGUGGCUCCUGCAAUCCAACCACCUGGCGAGCCGACGUUGCCAUACCAGCCCUCAAGGAGCUAGGCAUUUCAUUCUACAAUCCUCAAGUAUCCGAUUGGACGCCCGAUCUCAUCGAGCUCGAACAUCGAGCUAAGGAAAAGGCCCGUGUAUUAUUCUUCGUUAUGGAUUCGGAAACACGCGCAUCUGCUGGUGCCAUCGAGGCGGCACACAUAGCGGGUCAAAACUGCAAGCAGCUGGUGUUGGUUUUGCAUCCGUAUAAACCAAAUCAGAAGAUCCUGAAUGAGCCUAUUUCACAGCAAGAAUACCUCGAUCUGAAUCGCAAUCAAUUGAUACUUAAGGAGCUGGUCUCCCGUCGUGGUCUGCCCGUGUUGGAUAACAUACCCUUGGGAUUGCAGCGCACCAAGGAGAUCCUCUCCGGCAUCAGGGAUCCACCGUCCAAGAUAUCUUCUAUACUAGAUACUGUUCGCGGCGCCUUCGAUCGUGUUAACCCCCAAAGCGAUCUGCUCACCGUUGAACAAUGCAAUCGUGCUCUCUUAUUCCUAGGCUAUGCUCAGAGUUUAGUUAAUUUAGACAAUCUUAAUAAGAUCAUAAUCAAUCAACGCGAAUCGUUAAAGUUGCUCCAAACGCACAGUCCAAAAACUGGCGUCGAUAGUUCGGAUGCCGAGGCGGAGGCGGCGGCUGAUGAAAGUAAUUGCGACCUCCAGCCCACCACAUCCAGCCCAGAACUCAUCGACUUUGAUCUGUUCUGUGUGAUCUCGGCGUAUCUGUCCGUCCUACAGCAGGAGAUCCAGGAAAGCGGCUGCAUUUCGCCCAUCAAGGGCACCAAUGUGCCGCCACCUCAAGUUUACUUUACCAAUGCACCCGAUGUGGACAUCUAUUACUCGGCCAGCAAGAACAUUUCGCGGACCUCCAGCAACGCCAGUGUUCCGUCCAACAGCAGCAGCGGCAUUGGCCACGACCUGGAGAGGCAGGGCCUGUUUGAGCAACUCAGUCGCAGUCGGGACAGCGGCACCUCGUCGCCCCAGCCAACAGCAUCCAGCAGUUUGGGCAAAAGCCCCCGGCCCCAGAUCCUCCUCAACGUGGAGUCGAUCGAGACGACCGAAAUAAUCACCACCAAGACCAUAGAAACGAAGGCCAAUCCUGUGGCCUCCGUAACGGCUGUGCUCACCGAGGAGGAGGAGAGCGAUUCCAAUGACUCGGUCUUCUCCAGCAGUAGCUCGAUAGCCAGUGCCGGCGACGCUCUGUGCUGCGGCGGUGGCUUGGAUCUUCGCGAUGUCUAUCUUGGCGGCAGCUGCGUCUUGCGCUCCAAAUGGCGUCAGGAACUGGCUGUGCCGUACCUGCAGUCGAAGCGCGUGACCUUCCAUACGCCAGCGCUGCACGAAAGCAUCCAGCAGUUGCAUCAGAACCAGGAUGUGGUCGCUGCUUCCCCGCAACCAGCUUCGCAGGAGCAGCAGCAACGAUCCUUUGUUCGGACGCGCCGAAAGUGCCGCGGCAAUCAGGUGCAGUUGGAGGAGCAAGAGGAGCUGACUGUGGCGGAGGAGUCGCUGAGCUGGUCGCUGCCACCGGUCGCUGUGCGCCAGAGCUUGUACAAUCCAGCGCUACUGGACUCCAGCCGAGUUCUGCUCUUCGUCAUUACCAAUGAGACUCGCUCGCUGGCCCCCAUGACCCUAGCCGCCCACUGCAUCGGCCUAAUGUACAACGUGGUGCUGGCGGUGCAGAUGCUGCCCGAUGACUGCGUCCUAAAUGGCGAAAAGAUGACUGUGGCGGCCAUCAAGGACUAUAAUCGCGGACGGUCAUACCUAAUCGACCUGGCCAAGCGCCAGGGCGUGCCCGUGUUCACCGACAUACAGGCGGCCCUUCAAUGCACCGUCGCCAAGGUGCAGGCCUACAACAACCGUGACCGCUGCUAAUUCGUACCUGUAUUCAAGUUCCAGCACGACGUGACAAUUAAGCUUAUUUUAAAUCUAAGGCCUAGUGCAAUUUACUCUUAACUUUCCCCGCUCCACCCCAUCCCAACUAACUAAUAGGAGAACCCUCUUCUAGUUAAAACUAUACGUAAUAUGAUAUACAAGGAUAAAUGAUAACUGAUAACUGAGUGUUAAGUUAUCACUAACUAUGUCGUCGCCCAGAGAGCGCAUUUCGUAAUCUUUUAAUGGAGAAAGUCAUGCAUUCAGCUCCCCUCUCUCUAUAUCUCUCUCUAUAAUCGCUAUAUGCUAUAUGCUCUAUGCUAAUUUAUUAUUUAUUUAACUAGAUACACGUUGUCCAUGUACUAAAUUGACUGUAAAUAUUUCAACAUGUACAAGUUUAGUGCAAAACAAACUAAAAUCUUAAAUCUAAAAUAUAUACAUAUAUAUAUUUUUUAUUCGUAUUAAGCCUUCAGAUAUAAAAGUAAUUACAAAAACCAUAUAAACGACCCAAUUAUGUAAAUGUAAAUCCUUAGUGACCCACUGUACCAGUUAGCUGGCAAAAAAUAUCUCAAUAAACAAAUUUUUUCUAACAUA